UACCAACAACCGCGUAAAGCGAGUUGUUUGUAUCUGCAGCAUACCUCCUUCGAUACCUGGUAUCUAAGCGUAUAAACAGACAUCACGAACGUGUAUAAUCAACCAAUCUAAGAAGAUCUUUACCCUAGCAGCGAUCUUCAAAUGACUUAAAAUGCGCUAAGCAUAUUCUCCUUGCAUCCAAACUAGAAGCAGGAAGACUCCCUGUAGUUUGCAGUUAGCACAGCAACAAGAUAAUUUCCCGAUCUUUUUUUUCUUAAUCUCCACUCUCCACUUAUGUGUGCCGCAUUUGCACAUGGAUUGUUCAUGCGGGCAAUGGGCAAUGCCCGCUUAAAGAUUCUCGGUAUAGCUCAGGGAUAGGGGCCCAACUCUUAUUAUUGUGCUGGUCACGAUAGGGGUUUUAAGUACAUAUUUCAUACUCGGUCAGGUUGCAAGAUCUCUGAAUUAUCCAUUUUGUUUUCGCCAACCCGAAUCUAAUACACAUUUUACUUACAAUCAUAUCUUUCACCUUUUAUUUUUAUAGCCAUUAUUCAGCGAUGCUUGAGGAGGGAUCUGACGAGGACUACGUCCUAGUGACGCAGUUACCAUCUGAUUCUUGGUUCGAAGGAUUUGCUUUCCGGCCCGAUGGCAGAAUUCUAGCCUGUCGAUUAGACGAACCUGAAAUAUACACAUUGAAUCCUGAAGACCCGGACUCAACGCCUCAGCUACUACAUACCUUCACUGAAGAAGAUCAAACGACUGGUCUCGUCGAUGCAGAACCAAUACCAGGUACUAAGGAUGAAUAUUUCGUCCUGUCAACUAUCGGCGAUCUAAGCGGUGUCCAAUUCACCGACCCUAUUAUAUGGCGCGUUGUCCUCAGCCCAGACGACAGUAGCCCACCCAAAAUUACGAAGCUAGCCGAAAUCCCAGAAUCGGGUCUCUGCGCAGCCGUUAUCGCUAUUACGGAUCGUGUGGUGAUACUACCAGACUCGACUCAGAACUGCAUAUGGCAUGUCGAUACACAGACAGGCAAGGCAACGAUACUUAUGGCCGACGAUAGUAUGAAGAUAGCGGAAGGUGAAGGAAAUUUCUUUGGUCUUAACCGGAUAUGUGUAUCGGAUGAGUUUAUAUGGUUUACGAAUACUAGCGCCGGCCUAUUAGGUCGCAUUCCGAUCGAACGAGUCCACGAUGACCCGGCCGUAGGAAUCCGCGUCAGCGGACCCGUACAGAUUCUCUCCGACGAGAUCACUGAUUGUGACGGACUAGCUAUCACACGGGAUCAGACGGCAGCCUACACAUGCAGUUAUAAGGAUGGAUUUAUUUGGAAGGUUAACAUCGAGCCCUCGACAGGCCAGACCUCGACAAGUGUUAUUGUGAGCAAUUUGGCCUCUCCAACAGCUGUCGAGUUGGGAUACGUCAAUGGCAAAGUGAAAUUAUUCAUCGUGUGCUGUGGGGAGAUUCAAACAGGUUGGAUUCAGGAAAAAGAAAAUCCCUGGAGCGAUAUCGCAAAUAUUAAUUCGGCGGUGACGGUUCAGGUUGAAACUCAGGAAGUCAUUGAAAGCAUUUGAUAUUAGCGUAUUUGGGAAUUGCAACCGGACUGGAUAUUUACACUGGUAUAACGAAUGAUAGGUAGCCUAUAUACCCCUUGUAAUAGCAGCAUUAGGCGGAAGAUAUAACAUCUAAUUAAUGAAGAUAAAUUCAACAUAUUCGAAGAACUUGAGGUCCCGUUAGCAAAGCAAGAGUUUAGUUACGAUUACCUGUUACGUGAUUAGAGUUAAUACAUUGUACGUGGU